AUGUCGCUCCAUCGUGUGGGAUCUCUCGAAACCUUCCAAAUUUUGCCCCAUGCCCCAGGUUCACGACGCGGUAGUGAUGCCUCCAGUAUACGUGCAAGGAAGCUGAGUUUCAAUCCGCUGCCAGACGAAUGGGAUCCUCCGGCCUCCAAGUCCGAUGUCGUACAAGCUGUGUCCGGCUUUGAGGUGCCGCAAUGGAAACGGAUCCUACAGAUCGCUGUUACUGUAGUCUACUGUCUCUUCGCAGCCGGCGUUGUCUUUGGAUAUGCCGCACUGAAACCGGUGCUGAAAGCAGAGGGUGCCUACCGAGAUGUUUGCUACGGCGAUGAGCCUGGUCCAACGCACGGAGACACUUGUGUUGAGAUACAUUUGAACCUCAUGUUCACUGUAGCUGCCGUUGCUACCAAUGUAGCGGCGCUGCCUGUGGGCGCCAUUCUCGACCACUACGGUCCGCGUGUGUGCGGUAUUGCUGGUAGCCUCUUCCUCGCAUCUGGUUCUCUCCUCAUGGCCUAUGCCGACGAGGUCUCAUUUGACGGAUUUCUGUUGGGCUAUCUGCUCCUCGCACUUGGAGGGCCCUUCACCUUCAUCUCAUCCUUCCAGCUCUCCAACGCAUUUCCUCGCCACUCUGGCCUUAUCCUCGCCCUGCUGACGGGCGCUUUCGACUCAUCCAGCGCCCUGUUCCUUGCCUACCGCCUCAUUUUCCAGGCUACCGACGGGUCCUUUGGCUACCGCCAAUUCUUCCUCGCCUACCUCGUCGUACCCGCUUUCAUACUGGUCGUACAAAUGACCCUGAUGCCCAAACAGUCUUAUAAGACAAUGGGUGAUCUUGCUGAGCAGGCAGACCAGAUGGAAGCUGCCAUUGAAAGAGAUGACACUUUGGAUGAUCAGAUCGACGAGAACACUGCUCUCCUCCGCGAGGAACAGCGCUCUCACCGCCAGACCGUUCUGGACGACACUCAGGAGUUGAUCGGUGCUCAGGGCGCGGAUGAACAGGCCCGGCGCGAGGAGAAGAAGAAUUCCAUAUCUGGAGUCUGGGGCGUCAUGCACGCCAACACAGCUUUGCAACAGAUUGCAUCGCCCUGGUUCGUCCUCAUCUGUCUCUUCACUGUCAUUCAGAUGACGCGCAUCAACUACUUUGUCGCCACGAUCCGUGCUCAGUACGAAGCCAUCUUCGACAAUGUCGAACAAGCCAUUGAAGUGAACAACUUCUUUGAUGUCGCCUUGCCCGUUGGCGGUAUCUUCUCGAUCCCCUUCAUCGGCCUAUUCCUUGAUCAUACAAGUACCUUCAUCGUCCUCGCCGUCCUCGUCACCAUUGCAACUGCCAUUGGCGUCUUGGGCAUCCUACCUUACACGUGGGCUGCCUACACCGGCAUCUGCCUCUUUGUACUAUACCGCCCAUUUUACUACACGGCCGUAUCCGACUACAGCGCCAAGGUCUUUGGCUUCCGAACCUUCGGCACCGUCUAUGGCACCAUCAUCUGCCUCUCUGGUUUACUGAAUUUCUCCCAGUCGGGCCUGGACUAUCUGUUUCACCAGACUUUCCGAGGGGAUCCGGUGCCCGUCAACGUCAUACUGUUGUCUGCUGGCUUUGCGGUCGGUAUUUUGCUGGUUGUAUUCGUGGGUGUCCGGACUAGAGGGUUGCGGCGCAAGGUACUGGAGAUUGAGGCCGAAAAUGCGGUACAGGGGCACUAG